CCCGCCCAGCCGCUACCUGCCUCCCGACAUGGGCCGACAGAAGGAGCUGGUGGCCCGCUGCGGGGAGAUGCUCCACAUCCGCUACCGGCUGCUUCGCCAGGCGCUGGCCGAGUGCCUGGGAACCCUCAUCCUCGUGAUGUUUGGCUGUGGCUCUGUGGCCCAGGUCGUGCUCAGCCGGGGCACCCAUGGUGGUUUCCUUACUAUCAACCUGGCCUUUGGCUUUGCCGUCACUCUGGGCAUCCUCAUUGCUGGCCAGGUCUCCGGGGCCCACCUGAACCCUGCUGUGACCUUUGCCAUGUGCUUCCUGGCGAGAGAGCCCUGGAUCAAGCUGCCCGUCUAUGCCCUGGCUCAGACACUGGGAGCCUUCCUGGGUGCUGGAAUCGUUUUUGGGUUGUACUAUGAUGCAAUCUGGGCCUUCGCCAACAAUGAACUUAUAGUCUCAGGCCCCAACGGCACAGCUGGCAUCUUUGCCACCUAUCCUUCGGGACACUUGGACAUGGUCAAUGGCUUCUUCGACCAGUUCAUCGGCACAGCCUCCCUCAUCGUGUGUGUGCUGGCCAUUGUGGACCCCUACAACAACCCGGUCCCCCGUGGCCUGGAGGCCUUCACCGUGGGCCUGGUGGUUCUGGUCAUUGGCACCUCCAUGGGCUUCAACUCCGGCUACGCUGUCAACCCUGCCCGGGACUUCGGCCCCCGCCUCUUCACCGCCCUCGCUGGCUGGGGCUCAGAAGUGUUCACGACCGGCCGCCAAUGGUGGUGGGUGCCCAUCGUCUCCCCGCUCCUGGGCUCCGUUGCGGGAGUCAUCGUGUACCAGGUCAUGAUUGGCUGCCACUUGGAGCAGCCUCCACCCUCCACUGAGCAGGAGAACGUGAAGCUGGCCCACGUGAAGCACAAGGAGCAGCUCUGAGCGGGCAGGGGCCAUCCCCCCUGCCCCUCUCCCUGGAGCAUCCACUGACUGUGCAGGGCCUGCUCCCUAGAAGCCCCCUUCUUAGCCCCCCUCCCAGGCUAAGAAGCUCCUUGUCUGCCCCUACCUAACUGGACAGCCCCUCCAGGAUUUUCCACCAGACCCUGCCCAAAUAAGACUUUAGGCCACUGUCCUUAAACUGUGAUGGGACAGGGAACAGGGCCAACAUAACCCUCUGUCUCCCAAAUGGAGGGAAUGGGCAGCGGGUAUGUGAGAGUGUGUGUGUGUGUUUGUGUUUUCCCAGAUAUUCAGGGCAAGGGGUCCAGUGGAAAGGAU